CAUAAGAAUAGAAUAUAAAAAAGAUCCACACCAAACUCGGAAAAAUUAACAUAUAAGAAAAAAUGGAUAAAAUAAUCCACAUAAAUAUUAUCAAAUCCCCAUGUUUUCUCAACUAAAUAUUUGCAAUUAAUAAAAGUCGGCUUCUUUUCCUUUUAUCCACUUUAAGAUAAUGUGAAACCUAAAAAUGGCUGAAAAAUAAAAAGAAAAGGCUUUCGGAUAAUGGCAAAAUUCGUGACCCCACCUUCUUCCCUACGCCCUUUUCCCUUUAAAACCGCUGCCUCAAAUUUAUUUCUAUUCUCCCCCUUCACGCUUUCUCUCUCUCUUCACCCAGCUUGAAGAAUUCAAAACCGCAAACCCUUUUUUCCAAAUUCCUUCUCAAGCACCAAAUCUGCAAAAAAAGGAACAAUUUUUCAACUUUCUUGUGUGUUGAGAAUUAAAGCAUCUGAUAUUUCCCUGUUUCUUAUACUAGAAAAGAAGGGGUAUUUAAUCUGGGAAAUUCUUGAUUUUUUUUUGUGGGUUUAAAAAACAAAGAAAAAAGAAAAAAAGAUUUACAGGUCCCGAAACAUGGCUUCUUGUCUGAAAGCUGGUUUUUCUGGGUCCAGCAAUAUUUUCAUCAGCCAUGGAGGCAAAGAGCCUUCUCGGGUUUACUCUUCAGUUGGGCAUCUGCAGUUUAAGGAGUCAAAUUCAAAAUCUUUAUGGGGCAAACCUCUUUAUUCCUCGGAUUUGAGAAGUGUUGCCAAUUUUAGUAUUAGGGCACCAAAUUUAGACCCUGUUAAUGCACAAGCUUCAGCUUUGUUCAGCAAAGCUUUGAGAUGGUGGGAAAAAUCUCUUCAACCAAACAUGAUUGAGAUUAAUUCAGCUCAAGAUUUAGUAGAUUAUUUGUCUAAUUCUGGGGAUAAAUUGGUUGUGGUUGACUUUUAUUCCCCUGGCUGUGGUGGUUGCAAGGCUCUACACCCCAAGAUCUGCCAACUUGCUGAAAUGAACCCAGAUUCAAUUUUUCUCAAGGUUAAUUAUGAGAAGCACAAGGCCAUGUGUUAUGCUCUUCAUGUUCAUGUUUUGCCAUUCUUUAGAUUCUACAGAGGUGCUCAGGGAAAAGUCUGUAGCUUUAGCUGCACAAAUGCCACUAUCAAGAAAUUUAAGGAUGCAUUAGCUAAAUACGGGGCUGAACGGUGUAAUCUUGGCCCGGCAAAGGGAUUGGAUGAAUCAGAGCUGUUGGCAUUGGCUUCAAUUGGUCAGAUAUCUGAAGAUUUAGUAGUAGCCAAGCUAAGAAAGGAAGAGAAAUUAGAAGAUUUAGUUCUUAAUGGAAGUGCUAAAUCUGACUAUGGGAAUGCUAUGGUGGCAGCUUAAAAGAAAUUUGGAGAGAUUUAUGAAAUGUUAACUAGGGCAUGUAUUUGUCUCUCUUGAAAUUUUCUUUUUUAGAAACUUUUUAUUUUUGGUUUUGUUGAGAGAUGUAAAUAUGUUUCAUUUUUCUUUUUUAAAACUUUCAUCCUAUGUAUGGUAAUUGUUAAGCAGGGCUUUUGGUUUUUUAGGUGUAAGCCCUUUGUAUGUGAACCUGUUUACCGGUUCACUUGUUGAUGUGUACAAAAGAGUGCAGAUAAAUUCACGCCUCUCUAUCUAUACUCAGAUGUUAUCUUUUGUUGAUCUUAUUAAUGCUGUAUUGAGAACAUUUUGCAUAUAGAAUUGUGGAUCAAGUUGUGCAAUUUGUU